GAGAUGGUCGAUGUAACUACAAGCAAUUUUGAUUCAGUCCUCAAAGCCAUCCCAGAUGUUAUCCGCAAUUGCGACUUCAUUGCGCUAGACUUAGAGCUGAGUGGCCUGGAUGAAACACACUGUAGAAACACCGCAGACCUGCCUCAGAGUCGCUUCAAAAGAUGCCGGAGAGACGUGCUUAAAUAUACCCCGGUUCAAGUUGGCCUGGCGUUCUUCCAGUAUGACGAAGACGAUAAAAAGUACACUGUUCGACCCUAUAAUUUUUAUGUUUUUCCAUUCCACAAUAGCUCCCAGUUCCCAGACAUGCAUGUUCAGUUCCUGACCUCAUCGAUGAGUUUUUUAUCCUCUCACGGAUUCGACUUUAACAAAUGGGUCAAUUGUGGAAUUCCGUUUGUAUCUGUAGCGAAGGAAGAUCAAAUGAGGAGACAUAUGGAACAGCAUUUCGAUGACUUGAGAAAAGGGCUGGGUUUUCUUCUAGAAGAAAUAAACAUAAAUACUCAAACCAAGCUCUUGUCCCUUGUAGAAGAAACUUCUCCCCAGAAGGACCAAGAGUUUAAACGUAAAGAUGCCCAAGAACUAAUCGAUGCAGAAUUCAGAAAUGCAGAUUUUCUCAGACUAACUCGCGAACAGUUGAGGGCGCUGAAAGAUGAAGGCGAUGAGUGUCAAAUAAAGGAUGCCAACUCUUUCCAGCGUCGUCUUGUUUUCAAGAUAAUUUCGUCAGAAUUUUCUGAGAAAAAUUUGGUCGGAAUUGUAAAAAGUGUGGAAGGGUCGCAAGAUAAUAAGGACAAGUACAUACUGGUUAAGAAGUUAAGUGUGGGAUCCAGAACUUCAAGACUGGACUACCAGCAGAAAGUGAAACUGGAAGAUCUAAAUGCAUGCGUAGGAUUCACAAAUAUCAUGAAACUCAUUUCGGAGUCUGGUAAAAUGAUUGUUGGCCACAACAUGCUGAUGGACAUUCUUCAUAUCCAUAACACCUUCUUUGGUCCCGUGUCAGAAAGUUACGAGAAUUUCAAAGCAUCAAUUAACUCAAUUUUCCCUAAAAUAUGCGACACCAAAGUCUUGGCAACUACGAAACCAUUCAAAACGCACAUACCAUACACAGGUUUAGAGACCCUUUUCAAUGCAGUGUCACAAAAACCGUUCAAAAAGCCGGUUUUCAAAUUUGCCGUAGGAUUCGAUAAGUAUGACCAAGUUGGCGCAGCGCAUGAAGCAGGUUACGAUGCAUACAUGACUGGGUUCAUUUUCGCUUCCCUGCUCAACUAUUUAGGGUCGCUUGUAAAGCCUCCGAAGGCUCAUAUCCCAUGUAGCAGUGAACUUGUGACACCUUUCGUGAACAAAAUAUUCCUGAUGCGGAUCUUGGAUUUGUAUUACAUGGAUCUAGAGAACGAUGACGUCAUUCCGCGCAGACAUGAUAUGUUUUAUCUGAUGUUCCCGAAGGAGUGGAAGACUAGGGACAUUGUAAAAUUGUUUGAGAAGUUUGGAAACUCAAUUCAGGUCAACUGGAUAAAUGAUGUAUCGUGUUUUGUCAAAGUGGAAGGUAUGCGGGACCCAGCUACAACCAUCCUGAAAACAGUCGCGCUUGCAGCUGCUGGAGCUGAAAACUUCUCAAUAUGUACAUUUGAUGAGUACCAUGAAAAGUUUGAAGAUAACGGAGAGGCUAACGAAGAGGCAACGCAGCCUGAAAUUAGUACGAGUAAAAAUGGAGUUGGUGACAGUAUUCGUAAGCUGAGUGCGACUCAAAAACGCGCCUCAGAAGAAGCGGCUCAAGAUUUGGGAGAGGAAAUAGACCCCGAGACUUUGAUGCCGAAAGACAAGAAAGUCAGAACCAAGUGACUGGCAUCUAAUGAAUGACUGAUUUGCACUUGUUUUUGCAAUAUUUUAUCUCCUGUUUAGAACAGUUGUUAUAAAUUGAGAUUGAAUUAGA